AAAUCCUAACACUCCCCCUAAUCCUCUCUUGUUCUUCUGACUGAUCAUCCUUGAAAUAAUCUCCUCCAAAAAUCCUGUAGGAAAAAUAUAAGAAGAUAUGCCUAAUAUGCCAUGAAAAACUCCUUCCAAAAACCCAGUGGGAAAAUAAGGAGAAAACGACAUAUCGCAAUGCUUGUAUUACUAUUGCCUCAUUAAAAACCUUUCAUGAGAAACCAUCCAGGAAAACCUACCUGGGAAAGCUGUGCGUGAGCCUAUCCAGCGCGCUGUUCGCGUUCCUCAUGCUGGACACCCACAAGUACAGGUCUGCUCACAACAAGAUAUCGUCCCCGCUCUUCCCCGUGCUGCUGUGCUGGGCGCUUGGGUACAUGGUGGCUCAGCUCUUCUUCGGCGUGGUGGAGACGUCGGUGGAGACGAUAAUCUCGUCCUUCUGCCAGGACGCUGAGGAGCACGACUAGGAGGCGCAGUACGCUCCCCCUCUGCUCAUGGAGACGCUGGGCGACACGAGCCAGCUGCAGAGGCUCACGCAGGGGCCGUGAUUGAUCAAACCUUUUGGGCAUUGAUCUACCUUAGUAGUGUAGUGUUACAAGAGGCAGCUGGUUAGGUGAAUGGCUUUGAUCAUAAUAAUACGCGUUAUACUGUUAAUUAACUUUGUUGUUAGGUGGAAAUGGAAUGCAGGCAUGCCUGGCUACGGACCGUGGAAAAGACCUUUACUAGUAGUAGUGUGGAUGGAAUUUCCUUUGUGAUGGGUGUUAAUAGACAGAUUGCAAAAUGAAUCCAAUCAGUUAGAAUUUCAUUGAUGAUCAAUCCUUAUAUACAACGGGAGGGGGCGCGAGCGAAGGGACGCGUCCACUCGAUAGGGAGCGAGGAAACCGUCGUGACGCUUGCCGGAUUGGCAACGCACGUUCAGUUAUACAAGGGAGGAUUAUCUUAUUAAUUACAAUAUUAGUUAAAUCCUAACCAUGGGGAUGGCAAUCGGGUACCGGAUAGAUGGUGGAUGUUGCUCCAUGGCUAUAUCCCGCAAAAAAGAGAGAGGAACGGUUCAACCUAUAUCAAUGCUAGGUAUAGGUAGCUGUAUAAUGGAAGUCUAGCAAUGAUGAAAGGCGAUCAUCAUGGUGAUGUGAGCACUGGUGUAAAGCAAUGGAAUGGGUCCUCGCAAAACAAAAAGGAAUGGGGAUGGAAACCAAAUAGGUGGUACAAGUACUAAGAAAACGUAUUACUCCUGCUCGUGUCGUGUGGCUGCUAUGUGAAUAAUUCCAAGAAAACGUUCCGGUGGUCAACAAAGACUUGCAAUAAAAUAUUGUGAGAUUACCCGAAGCAAUAAUUUAACUCUUUCAAACCCAAGGGGUCUAGUGGGUUUAGAUGGAUGAGGGAGAUUGGAGUGGAGACGAGAAUGAACUCACAGCCACCACCAUCAACUCCAAUUUAUUUAUGAUGUAAAAAAAAAACUCCAAUUUAUUUAUUUAAUUGAUGUAAAAAAAACUCUAAUGAUUCAUCUGAAAUCUACUCUACUGCAAAUUAUCUACAUGUGUGCGCAGGUCAACUGAUUAUAUGUCGGCCAUCUGAAAUGGAAAUUGCCUGCUUGUCAACGUCGCCCGCUACCAUUUAAUCUAGUGCACUAGUGCUAUCAAACAAAGCAAAGUAUGCCAUAGCAGGCUGCUGAAUGCUGCCUCCGUUCAUACACAACGCCUCCUAAAAGGUCUCCCAGUCCUAGCUAGGCAUCAUUUCCUGUCACUAUCCGUCUCGGCCGGUGGUGGAAGAGAGCUUCAUAUAUUAUUAUAUUACAUUCGACUUUUCCUGAUGCGGCAAUUCAACCAGCUUCUUCUUCUUCUCCAUGUCUGAUCAAUCACCAUCACUGGCUUCAUCUCCAUACAGGAGUUAGUCUAAUCCUGAGCUAGGAAGGAAGGAACUCUCUCUGGUGCUCUGUAUUAUCUGUGUCGCCAUGCCUUGUUGCUCUUGCUGCUUCCGUGUCUCCAACAAGAAAGAGAAACACGCCUCCGAUCUCUACUCCCGUUCCAUGAGCAGACUGUCAUCUGAGAAGAAGAUCAAGCUCUUCUCCUACGCGGAGCUGCGGUCGGCGACCAACAACUUCCACCGGAGCACCAGCAUCGGGCGAGGCGGCUUCGGCGCCGUCUACAAGGGCGCGCUGCGGGACGGCGGCGGCGACGUGGCGGUCAAGGUGCUGUCCGCGCACUCCCGGCAGGGCACCAGGGAGUUCCUCACCGAGAUCGACGUCAUCGCCAACGUGGAGCACCCCAACCUGGUGGCCCUGCUGGGCUGCUGCGUGGAGGGCCGCCACCGCAUCCUCGUCUACGAGCUCCUCCACAACGGCAGCCUCCACGGCGCCCUCCUCGCCUCCGCCGGCGACCCCGCCAGGCUCACCUGGGCGAUCAGGCGCGGCGUCUGCGUCGGCGUCGCCAGGGGCCUGGCGUUCCUGCACGAGGAGAUGGCGUCCGGCCCCAUCGUGCACAGGGACAUCAAGGCCAGCAACGUCCUCCUCGACGCCGGCUACGGCGCCAAGAUCGGCGACUUCGGCCUCGCCAAGCUCUUCCCGGACGCCGCCACGCACGUCAGCACCCGCGUCGCGGGGACCGCGGGGUACCUCGCGCCGGAGUACGCGCUGCACGGCCAUCUCACCAAGAAGGCCGACGUCUACAGCUUCGGGGUGUUGCUGCUGGAGACCGUCACCGGCAAGAGCAGCUCCAGGAGCCUCCAUUUAUCCGACGAGGGGGACAAGGUGCUGGUGGAGAGGGUGUGGGAGCUCUACGAGGCCGCCAACCUCAGGGACAUGAUCGACCCGGCGAUGGAAGACGGGUGCAAUGAGGAGGAGGCUGUGAGGUACAUGAAGGUGGCGCUGAUGUGCACGCAGGCGACGCCGCUGCGGCGGCCGUCGAUGUUGCGGGUGCUGGAGAUGCUGGAGAAGGAUGUCCGGUUGAGGGAGAAAGAGAUCACGCCGCCGGGCUACGUCCUCCGGGACAACAAGGACAGCCACUCCACAUCCAUGGUCGUUGCUUCGCACACCUUGACGGAGUUAGCGCCAAGGUGCUACUGAUGAAGACCGUCACGGAAAGAGCAGCUCCAAAGAGCCUCCAUUUAUCCGAGGAGGGGGACAAGGUGCUGGUGGAGAGGGUGUGGGAGCUAUUCGAGGCCGCCAACCUCAGGGACAUGAUCGAACCGACGGUGGAUGCAAUGAGGAGGAGGUUGUGAGUUACAUGAAGGUGGCGUUGUUGUGCAUGCAGGCGACGCCGCUGCGGCGGCGGUCGAUGCCGCAGGUGCUGGAGAUGCUGGAGAGGGAGGAUGUCCGGGUGAGGGAGAAAGAGCUCACGCUGCUGGGCUACAUCGUCAUGGACAACAAGGACAGCCACUCCACGUCCAUGGUUGUUGCCUCACACAUCGUGACGGAGUUAGCGCCAAGGUAAAGGAAGUUCGACCGUUCUGAGCAACUAGCUAGCUAGUAGUAAUAGAAUUGAACUGACAAGCAGAGACAUCAACCACACACUGAGUCACUGAGAGGGUCUAGCAGUCCUUGCCAUGAAUGAUACCAUCAUUGUUUUUUCUUCGAUAAGAGCCAAAAAUGCAUUUGGCCUUUGCAUCGAUGUAUGCAUGCAACCAUUUCUAGUGUUGGUCCACAACUUUGUAAGGCAGCCCUUUAAUUGAGUAAUCCUAUCAUGGAGCAACCUGCGGGAGCAUUGCUUUUUCAUUAGAAAAGGGGGAAUUACUUCUAUAAAGGAUGUUGGAAUACCCGCCUCCCUAGGCUCUCCGUGGCUGGAAAAAUGAA